CUUCAGAACUGUGCUUUUGGGGGGGAAUACAGGACCAGUUCAGCAAGUGUUGCUUUAAUAAAAAGACAGGUUAAACCCAAUAUCCAAGGUCAAACCAAGGUCAUGGAUCCUGGGCUAACCACGCCCCACUCCUUGCUAGGGGCCGAUAACCACAGCAGCAACCAAUCGAACGAGAUGUGUACGCACGGAGGAGUGGGCGACCGUGAAAGGAACCAGUUGCUCGUGGGGUUGCUGCUGGGCUGGCUGUGCGUCGUCACAGUGCUGAUGAACACCCUGGUGCUGUACGCUGUCAAAAGCGAGCGAGCCUUACACACAGUGGCCAACAUGUACAUCACAAGCCUGGCUUCGGCAGAUUUCCUGAUAGGGAGCAUCGUGAUGCCUCUGAGCCUCGCCUACCUCCUGGAUCAGGAGUGGAAAAUGGGCCAAGCCGCCUGCAAAUUCUGGCUGUCCAUCGACUAUGUAGCCGGCACUGCCUCCAUUUUCAGCCUGUUCGUUCUUUGCCUGGAUCGCCACAGGUCCGUAUGCCGGCCCUUGGCUUACAUCCGGCUCAGGACCAAAGCCAGGGCUGGCUGGCUCAUUGCUUUGGCCUGGCUGCUGUCCGCAAGUUGGCUGGUCCCCAUACUGGGUUGGCCACAGUCUGCCGUCGCCAUGGAAACAAAUACUGGAGUAACCCAGCAGCAGUGUGACACUGAAUUCAGACACUCCAGUUGGUUCAAGCUGCUAGCAGCCUUCCUGAAUUUCUACCUGCCUUCCGCAUUCAUGCUUUGGUAUUACUCUCGCAUAUACAAAGCUGCUCAGAAGCACUGCAGGCAAAGAUCCGGAUCGUUUGGUGGCAGCAGUUGGAUCUUAUCUGAAAGUAACGGUCUUCUGCUUCCGGGAGAAUGGGAAAGCAGAAAGGGGGCCUUCGAACUGGGGAAAGAUCUGAUGUGUGCGAAGGUGUGCAGGGAAACAAGAUCAAAUUCGAGGAGUUUUAAAUACAAUUCUGGGUAUCCAAUUUCAGAGCAGAAUAUGGAAGUGCCCUCUGAUACUUCUGAAAACGGUCACCUCUGCCCAGUUUCUUUCUCUGGUGUAAGGUUCUCAUCUGGAUAUACCCACUUGGUGGGCAUGGAGCCCAAACCUGACAAGAGUGGUCAUUCCCAAGCUCCAGAAACACACGGCGACCAAGACAGUGGACAAACAUCUAGGCAGGAAGGUUUACCGAACCAGAUUAAUGCUCAAAUGCCCAAAAGGAAGUGCGUGGGAAAAGGAACUGGCAUUCCAGAGUGGAACGACAUUUUGAAAAUCCCAAAAAUGUUCCCCGAGAAAGGGGAAGGGAGAAACCCCGGGAAUGGGAAGUCUGUCUGGUGGGAGCCUUGGAUGCGAAGAAGCUUUCCCAGACGCCACUCUCUGAUGAAUAAGGACUGGAAAGCUGCGAGGCAGCUGGGUGUGAUCGUGGCUGUGUUCUUGGUUUGCUGGACCCCAUACUUUGUCUCCUUCACCAUCACGGCUCUGUGCAACUCUUGCAUCAGCGAUCACGCCCACAUGGUCACAAUCUGGCUGGGGUACCUGAACUCCACCCUCAAUCCAUUCAUCUACCCCCUCAGUAACACCACCUUCAGAAAGACGUUCAGACACAUCUUCAGACAGCAGUGACAGCUGGCUUGACUGCACUGUUGUUAAAAGGCGACUUGGCACAGCUAUCUUAGUUAAUAUAUUCUUGGUCUUGUUUCCUUUCCCGCAUCAGUGUGUCAUCACUUAAAGUCAAGGUGACUUUCUAAAGCUUAAAGCAGAGCUAUGGAACCUUUUUGGUUAGAAGAGUCAUACCGACAACCAGGGAGUUUUUAAAAAGCCAUGCAAAAUAUAUAUUACUAAGCUUAGCGGUGUGCUGAUCCUCUUGUGAUUGCCUGUAAGUAGUAUUUAUCAGCAGGUAUUAAAUAAAUUCAUUCAUUAAUGUGUUGAUUUCAAAACAAGAAAAGCUGUCCUUCCCACACCUUUACAAUGGAGUAUAUGAUUUAUGAAUCAUUUUUAACCUAUUCGAUUUCGCAUCAACUAUUCAACAGAUCGGGUCCAGUACAGUAGUCUCUGUCUAUAGAAACACCUAAGAGAACUCUCUUGUGGUGAAAUUUCUCCCAUUGUAAAUGCUUUGCCUAAUGGCACAGGAACUUAAAUGAACACCUUUUCGGCACCUCUACGAUUCGUUCACAACUGAUACAGUACUGUUUUGUAACCCGAUAGCUCAUCUUCAAGCUUAAAACUCCUAUGGUUUAAUCAAUCUUUUCAAAACGUGGCUUGUCAUCGCGAGAGUGUCUUGAAGCACAUCGGUUGGUUUGUUCAAUCUUUCCAGAUGCACCAUCAUUAAAUAUUGCCUCGUUCUGUAUUCGGACUCCCAGUGACUGCACCUCAUCUCUUGCUACAAAAAGUUGGAAAUUGUUCGAGCUCUUGAAAAAAAACCUGAAAUCAGACACAAGUCGGCGAGCAAGUUGAUUUCCGUUCUGGUGAAAACUUCACCAUUCUGUUAAAUCAUUUUGUCUGGAAUGUUGCUCCUGUGCAUGUGUUCAUAAUUAAUCUAGAGCUGCUGCUGCUGCUGCAAUUAACAUGAGUAAGGGUAUGUGCUAAUUUAAUUUGGUUUGUCUGUUUUACUGUAUUAUUAUAGUUUAUUAA